AUUGGGUGUCGCCCAGCAGUAGUACUGCCUGGGGGUGUCUGAAGCCGCAUGUGUCAUCCGUACCUCCCUUCCCUGUCAUUUAUUCUUCACUGCCUCACACACAACCAAGCCACAGCUCACUGGUGCAGGGGUGGUGGAACUGCACCUUCAAAUCGUGCCUGGCUACUGACCAGUGCUGGGUGGAGAAAUGGAGGCCAGAGACAAACAAGUGCUCCGCUCACUUCGCCUGGAGCUGGGUGCAGAGGUAUUGGUGGAGGGACUGGUUCUUCAGUACCUCUACCAGGAAGGAGUCUUGACGGAAAACCAUGUUCAAGAAAUCAAUGCUCAAACCACAGGCCUCCGGAAAACAAUGCUGCUGCUGGAUAUCCUACCUUCCAGAGGCCCUAAAGCAUUCGAUACAUUCCUAGAUUCCCUACAGGAAUUUCCCUGGGUCAGGGAGAAGCUGAAGAAGGCAAGGGAAGAAGCCACGACCAGCCUGCCUGCAGAGCAAGAGCAAAUGAUUUCAGAUGACAGCAUGAGACGUUCGAUCAACCACCUGGAUUUAUGUGACCAGAUGACUGUGAUCCCCUCGCACCUCCUCAACAGCUCCCCAUCAGACCGGCAGAUUAACCGGCUGGCCCAGAGACUGGGGCCCGAGUGGGAGCCUGUGGUGCUAUCUCUGGGGCUGUCCCAGACGGAUAUCUACCGCUGUAAGGCCAACCACCCCCACAAUGUGCAGUCACAGGUGGUGGAGGCCUUCGUCCGCUGGCGGCAGCGCUUCGGGAAGGAGGCCACCUUCCAGAGCCUACACAAUGGGCUGCGGGCCGUGGAGGCAGACCCCUCGCUGCUCCUGCACAUGUUGGAGUGAUGGUGCCUUCACCAACCACUGGGGAGUGUGUCCCUGAGUCAUGUGGGCUGAAUCCUUACUUUCACUCAGAGCAGGUGGUUUUUGGUUUGGCUUUUUUAUUCUUAAUAACCCUCAGAUGGAAGGAGAAAACAGGGUUUCCACUAGACAUUACUUCAAAGGCCGGAUUACUCAGCAGAUCUCCCACAUUGGCUCAACAUUUUUUUGUUUUUAAUUGCUUGAAGAUUGCAUUGUUGGAAUUGUUCAGUUUUUCAAUGUGUAAUGGCUUUUUAAUAGACUAGUAAAUCACAGUGGUUCAAAAAAUAUAGAUAUCAUGUCAUCACAUUACAGGGAGGAGUUACAAAAGUAUAUGUAAAACAUUUACUUUUAUGUUGUCUGAGGACUGAACUAUGGACUUCACUGUUCAUAAUGAUACAAUAAUAAAAUGUGAAUUACUGUAUAUAAUGUGUCUCGUUCAUGA